GCUGCCAGGGAGACUUGGUAGAAGAGGCGGCUAUAGUUCAUCCCAUGGUUUUCGAGAGCAGAGAACCGAGCUUCGAAAAACUUCUCAUGAUUCAGGAUGGCCACUCUUUGAAAUUAACGAAAGCAUCCGUGCUGGCUGAAAAGCUGUUACUCCGUGAUAUAACGGAAAGCAGCAGCAUCGACCACUAUGUGGAUGGAAAAGCAUACGAGAAUGAACUCUAUCAGGACUCUGAGCAGCUAGCAUCAUUAGUUCUGAAACCGCAAUCGAAUGGUGAUUAUCAUAUAAAGGGAAUCGUAAAUUCCACUCAUUUCAUUGAACCUAUCUUAACCGUGGAGAGGUCAUUCUCUGGACGGACAGCGCACAAGUUAUCGAAGCUUGGAGUAUGGAAAGAUACACACGACGACGUUGUCAUAUCUAGACCCGCAAGCUUCAGUCGACAUACGAAGCGUGAUAAAGAGACCAAACUGGAACUGCCACAAAAUUUCACUAUCGAGACGGUGUUCAUCAGUGACCUCAACCACACUAAAUAUUUUAAUAAUGACAAGGACCGUAUUAGUUAUGUAUCAGUGCUGAUGCUUGGGAUUGGCCUUCGGUUUCAGCGGCUCGAUCCACCUGGUCGUAUAGCGUUAACCGCAAUUUAUAAAUGUUUCACAGCUGCUGAAGAAAAGCUUUUUCUCAGUCUCUCCAGUGAUGGUGCUGUUCUCGGCUCACCAACGUUGACAAAAAUAUCGAAUAACCCACUGCGCAAAAUAGAAGCAGCAGAUAUAGUAUACCUGGUCACACAGAAAUCUAUAAAGCGUGGAGACAAUUCAAAGUACACCAAUUCAAGCGUUUUAGGAUUGGCGGCAAUAGGAGGCGCAUGCGGGAAAAAAAAAGUUGCGAUUGGCAGGGACCAACCGGGAACUUAUUCCGGAUUACAUACCGCUCCGCAUGAAAUAGGACACCUAUUGGGUUGCAAUCACGACGGCGAAAAGGGCUCCGAAACUUGUUCAGGAGGAUACAUAAUGGAGAGGCAUGCGGGCGGGAAGCGACAUUACGAAUGGUCCAAAUGUAGCAAGGAAGCCGUCAAACAAUUUUUGCAAUCACCCAACUCUAAGUGCCUCCACGAUAUUAAAAAAGGGCUACAUUGCUGUCCUACCAAACAAAAGUGCCGAAGUUGAAACUGUGACAGGCAGACGAGAGUAUUGCCGUAACUAUUUACCGCACUAUAAUAAAGUCACCUA